CAAAUUUUGAGGUUAUGAAUUCCGGUUAAAAAUGAGAGAAUUUAUAUUUAGACAGACUAUGAACUAUUAAUAAAGAAAGUUUGCAAUGGCGCUUCUUGGUGCCCAACUUGUUAUUACACUGAUAAUGGUGUCAGUGAUACAAAAAUUGGGCAAUUAUUCUUUUGCUCGUUGGUUGCUAUGCUCACAGGGCUUGUAUCGGUACCUGUAUCCGGAUAACAAUGAGUUAAAAACGUUAGCAGGAGUUCCUAAAGAUAAAACGAAAGGAAAGAAAGGUGGCAAAACUGAAGCAAAUGGAAAACCAGAGACAUUUCAUGUACCUCGCAGUCUCGAAAUACAACUGGAAACUGCACCAGUGACCCCCUUAGAUGUAGUACAUUUGAGAUUCUAUACAGAAUAUGUGUGGAUUGUGGACUUUUCUUUGUAUACAGCUAUUGUUUAUAUCCUGUCCGAGAUUUACACAGCAAUAUUUCCUUUAAAGGAUGAAUUCAAUUUGAGCAUGGUGUGGUGCCUACUGGUGGUUUUGUUUUCUUUUAAAAUUCUUCUGUCUUUAACUAAGCAGUACUUUACCAGUGAAGAGUCAAUAGGUGAAAGAUCUACCUGCAUAGUAGCAUUCUGUGUCUUUUUGCUCAUUGCUAUGAUGGUACUCAUUAUUGAUGAAUCUAACCUGGAAGUUGGAGUAGAUCCUGCUUAUGAUAGUUUUUAUGAGAAUGCUUCCAAGUUCUUGGAAAAUCAAGGAUUGUCUUCUGUGGGUCCAGCAUCUAAAUUGAUUCUCAAAUUGUCAUUAGCUGUGUGGGCUGCUCUGAUUGGAACACUGUUCACUUUCCCAGGCUUUAGAGUUGCUCGGAUGCACUGGGACUCAUUAAGGUAUUACGACGACAGUAAGGUGAAGACUCUAUUACUGAACAUAAACUUUGCGAUGCCAUUUGUGCUGACGUUGCUGUGGGUGCGGCCAAUCACGCGGCACUACCUGACUGUACGAGUAUUCAGUGGCAUGGAAGGACCACUUAUGAGGGCGCGUGCGUUCGACACUGUCCGGCUAGUGCUGACGGUUGGCGCGGGCGUGGUGCGCGCGGUAUUGUUGCCGCGACAGCUACAGGCGUAUUUGGAUAUGGCGCAGAGACGAGUGCAGGCGUUGCAGAAGGAGGCCGGAAGAAUCACUAAUGUGGACUUGCAGAAGAAGAUUGCUUCAGUAUUCUACUACUUAUGCGUGGUAGCACUACAGUACAUCUGUCCUCUGGUCAUGGGGGUCUACCUGACUCUGAUGUACAAGACCCUGGGCGGUUACUCCUGGUCUUCUCUAAUCUAUGAAGUGGAGGAAGUGAACAAUGCUACUACCGUAGCGACUUCCCCAGUCCUGGAAGAAGGCAUCGAGCAAUACCAACUAGCUUGGGAGAACUUAAAAAUGGUAUUCACCGAGGAGGUGUAUCGCGGCGUCCUCGGGUUCGCUACCUGGUGGUGUAACUUCGCCUGGUUCCUCACCACCGCGUUAGGUGCAGGCUAUCAGACUUAUUUCAGGAUUUCGUGAUUCCACCAUCUCUUGCAUAACUAUAGCUCCCCGCAAAUAUACUCUAAAGAUGUGGCCAAUCAUAGCGCGGCAAACGUACGCGACGUUUGUCGCGUGAUAAACAUCCAAUCGCGACUGUGUUGCUGCUCAAAAUUAG